UUAUUAAUUAAUGCUUGUGUUCUGUAUCUAUCAUCCUCCUCCUUCACUUGUUUAUAUAGAUACGGCUUUGGUUUGGUCAAUUCACCAUCUAUCAUCAUCACCCGUAUUAUUAUACCCCAAAAACAAUGUCACAUGUAUACAACCAUAUUCUACUAGUACCUUGUUAUUUACACAACCAUAUAUAAAAUCAUACAACUGUUAUAUCGGAAACAUUUUCUCAACGCUUUUCUCCCUCCUCCCGAUUCUCCUGUCGUUGCAUUUUGUUGAAGCUGUUCCAUUGAUCAAACGCUAUGGAGUUCAACCGGAAUACUCAUCCGGAUUGUGUAUAUGCGGAUAAUCCUUUCCAUGAGUGUGCUUCAGCCUGUUUAGAGAAAAUUGCUCAAGGCCAUGGCAAGAAGAACACUAAGAAGCAAACUUCAAAACUUCUUAGCUUCUCUGGGAGUUUCGGUAGGAAGAAGAAGCAAUCGAAUUCACAACCGCCUUCACCGCUACCUGUAAAACCUUAUCAAAAUGGUGGAGGUGUUUUUGCAAACGGUAACUCCCCAAAGGUUCAUCAUGCACUAGCUUCACCUGUUGCUGUGAAGAAGAAGACAAUUUCUGAAACCAAAAAUUCUUUCUCUUCAUCAUCAUCUGGUGACCCUGAUGAUUUUUUCAACCAUAAACCAGAGAAGAAACCCUCUCAAACCAUUCCACUUUCCUCAAACAAUUUGGUUGAUCAAAGCAAAGUAAUAUCACCUAAACCGGGAAUACAAGAACACAACGGGAAGACUGGAGCAGGCGGCGAGACUAGAGUUUUUAGUUUCCUUAGCCCUCCAAGAUCGCAUGAAAAAGAGAGCAAUGAUGAUUAUACUGAGGAUGAUGAUGAUGAACAAGAAAACAACAAUGAGAUUGGAGUAGAGCUCGAUCUUGAAUCAGUAAUGUCUGACACUUUUGUCUCUGUCGGGAAAUACCGAGUCAGAUCCGGUUCAUCCACUAUCCUAAGUGCUAUCAUCGAGAAACACGGAGACAUUGCUCAAAACUGUAAGCUGGAAUCGGGCUCUAUGCGAUCCAGAUACCUCGAGUGUUUAUGCUCGUUGAUGCAGGAGCUAAGGUCAACCCCGGUCGGACAGUUGACAAAAGUCAAAGUCAAAGAGAUGCUGGCGGUUCUCAAAGACUUGGAGUCUGUGAGCAUCGAAGUGGCAUGGCUACGUUCGGUUCUUGAGGAGUUUGCGCAGUCUCAAGAAAAUGCAGAAAAGGAUAAAGAGAGGCAUGAUGGUUUAGUAAAGGCUAAGAGAGAAGAGCUUGAAGCACAAGAAGCGGAUUUGGUUAGGAUGGAGAAGGAAGUGGAUGAAGCGAGGCUUCGGAUCGAAGAGACGAGGGCUCAAAUGGUGGAGAUGGAGAUGGAAAGGUCAAGAAUGGAGAAAAUGGGAUUCAGAAUGGAGAAAUUUAAGGGGAAAUCGUUUAUAGACGAGCUUCUUUGAGUUUGUGUUGUGUGUGAUACUAGUAACGUACUAAGUAGUAGCACAAAAUCAAAAUACUCUAAUAAAUGAGUUUUUUAAGGUUAGGCUUUUUUAAGGAUUAUGGAAAAGCUUGUAUUUAUUAGAGUCACGAAGGUGAAUGUUUACUACACUAGUAAUUUAUAAAAGUGUUUAAAUAUUUGGGUGUUGCUAUUUGCUAAUAUAGAUGCUUGGCUUUUGUGUA